AUGCAGAUACCCGAGCAGAGGCACACCACUCGUCUAUACAACACCACCGAACAACACCCCGAGUCUUAUCUAUACAUAGAAGAGACAAACAACAGACAUUGGGUGCCACCCCAGCCAACAAGCCAAAGCGACCGAGUCCAAAGUGUCCAGACUCUCCAAACCUCCACCGAAAUCCACUCAUUCCGACGCAGUCCACCAAUCGAUGACAGUGACCGAGCUGUGUUCGUCAGCAGUGGAGCCGGGUCCAUUGCGAUCGACUCCUUUACCCUGGACGCCAAAUGCAAAGAGAGAGGCCCUGUGCGAUCUGCAAUUCCCGUCCUCCUCUCAUGA